GAGGGCGGAUGUUCGCGCUCGCGUGAUCUGCCGGAUCGUCGCAGGCGUGCCCAGCAAGCUUGUGAGUGACCUCUGGCCAGGUGGCCGCGGCCCUGCCGGAGAGACUACGUGCCUGGGACGACGGUGACUGCGCGGAAGGCGAACUGAGGCGAUGGGUGCUGCACGGCAGCGUCUGUGAGAUGUUCCCUCUCCGGCUGCUGGUCGCCCUCGGAUGGAUCUGCCUCAUCGCCGCCCAGCAAGGUCUGGGAAUCUUCUUCGUGAAGGAGCCGCAGUCGGUGGUGGCGCUGCCUGGUGGCGAGGCGGUCCUGACAUGUGCCACCAACCUGGCCGUCGACCACCUCGGAUGGCUGCGCGACUGGCAGCCCCUGGAACCUGGCAGCGACCCGACGAUAGACGUGCGACCGGGCCGGCUGCGGAUCCGGAUCGGACAGGAUCCGGAUCUGUACCGGCGGCAUACCGGAGAGUACAGGUGCAUGGCCUGGAUCGCACCGAUCGGUCUGGCCUCUCUGCCGGCCUCGGUGCAGGUGGCCCACACAGAGCCCUUCGCGCUGCGGCAGAACGCGACGCUGGUGGCGCCGCCCGGCGGCUCCGUCUCGCUGGCGUUGCGGCCCCGCGUCGAGUACCGCGCCGCAGCCGGAGACACCCUCAGACUGGAGUGCGCGGCGGAGGGCUGGCCGCUGCCCGCCGUGUCCUGGAGGCGGCUGGACGGCCGCUGGUCGGACCGCUACGUGCAGCUGGCCGGCCGGCUGGAGAUCUCCCGGCUGCGGGCCGCCGACGAGGGCGACUACGCGUGCGAUGUGACCGGCUCAGAGGGGUCGCUCACCGCCGCCACUGCCGUGCGCGUCACAGAACCGCCAACGGUGGACACCUCGCCCUCGGACCUGACGGUGCCCGAGGGUUCACCGGCGUCUUUGCGCUGCUCGGGCCGCGGCUGGCCGCCGCCGCGGCUCGAGUGGGUGCUGGACGGCCGGCCGCUGGUGGGAGACGGCCGGCCGCGGCUGGACGGCGACCGGCUCCUGUUCGACGCCGUGACUCGGGAGAACGCCGGCCUGUACCAGUGCUUCGGCCGCAGUGAGGCGGGCCAUGCCAAGACCGCCGUGCUUCUUAAGGUGAUCCCGAAGACGACCGUAUCGCUGGACGUGCUGCCGUCCCGGACAGCCAUGCCUACCUCACCGGCGUCCCCAGCGCCCCGUCACACUGGCAGUCACCGGCGCAGUCACGGCGCCAGAAGGGCAGGCGAGGCGCUGAUGGUGCCCCCUGGCGCGCCCCGCGUGUACCCCAUCUCGGAGAGCUCGGUGAUGCUGCAGUGGGACGUGCCGCCCAACGACGGCCUGGCCAUCCUCUUCUUCAAGAUCCAGUACCGGCGCGCGCCGCGGCGUCUGCACGCCUGGCAGACGCUCGACUCGGACGUGCCCGGCACGGCUCGCUCGUUCGAGGUCGGCCAGCUGCAGCUCGGCGCCAAGUACAAAUUCCGCGUGCUAGCUGUUUACGAAAAUAAAGACAACAAACACGGACCAAACUCACGAAAAGUCAAGAUUAUCCGCAUGAGUAAGAAGUCAAAGCCUCCAGGAGCACCCAUCAUCACCAUGCAUAGCUCAGAGGGUCCCAAUGGCAUCCGGUGUUCGUGGAUGUACUACAACUUGCAGGCGUCGCCGAUAGAGGGCUACUUCAUCUACUACCGUGACACCACAACGGCAGGAGACUACUCCAAGGUCACAGUGCUGGGCGAGACGACCAAGACGCACACGCUGACGUCGCUGCUGCCGGCCACGUCCUACGACAUCAAGGUGCAGGCGUUCAACCUGGCGGGCGGCGUGUCCGAGUUCUCGCCGAUCGUCACCGAGCGCACGGGAGCUGCCCAGGGCGCGGCGAAGACGGGCUCGUCCGUGGAGGCGCGGCGCCCUCUGGUGCCGGUCGUCACGAGCCGAGGGGUGGACCGCUCCCGGGCCCGACUGUACGCCAUCGUGGGCAGUGUGCUGGGCGGCCUGCUGCUGCUGGCGCUCACAGCUGGCCUCGUCUGCCACUGCCGCUCGCGGACGGCAGACAAACAAGAGGUAGCACAGGAAUAUGGCGACAGCGCUCUUCAGGGCGGCGUUCACCAACCGCUGGCGCCACCGCGGGCCCUGGCCACCCGACCCCGACCUGGCCGAGUCAGACGGGGGUCUGCAGACGGCACCUCCACCGGGCCGCAGUUCUCGACAGGGUUUGAAUCGGAGUGGCGCGACCGCAGUCGGGAACUGAGCAGUAUCUGA